AGAAAAGAAAGUGCAGGGACAUUUUCAUCCGCUACAGCCAAAGGAGAGCGUUGCCUACAACACUGAAGGAUAAUCACGAGAGGGAGAGAGAGCGCGAGCGAGAGAAGGUUUAAUUAAUUCAUGCAGGAGGGGAGGGAUGUUUCUGCCGCUGACUGAGCUGGUUCCAGCACUGUCUGUAGCAUUUUGUUUGUGAGCCCAUCCAUGCAGUGAACGUGACAGCACUCAGAUCAGGCAGGAUUUGACGGAUACGCCAUCACCUGAACAAGCAGAGAUUACAUCAGUUGAAAGGCCAUCAGUUGCUCCUCCGUGUGCAGCUGGUACCUCCCCGCUGCAGAGCUACUCCAAUCCCAGCCCCUACCGGUGGUGCAGCACGCCUCGCCUUCACACUGCCCUCGUCCUUGUGUCCCUCCUUCGUUUCACAACUCCACGUCGGGGACACCGAUUCACCAUCUGUUACUAAGAAAAGGUGACAUAAGCAUGCCAGAUCGUACCAUGUCCUUCUCAUAUCUCACCUGAGGACGAUCAGUGUGGUUCCCCAGGCUCGCCGCGAGCACUCUGACUGGCGAGAUGGGAGACUGGGUCUGUCUGAGCCCAGCCGAAUUCUCCCAGCUGCAGCAGUACAGUGAGUAUUCCUCCAAGAAGCUUAAAGAUGUCCUGGAAGAGUUUCAUGGAAAUGGUGUCCUUUCCAAGUACAACCCUGAACAGAAGCAAGAUGUUCUCAACCAACCCAUCGAUUAUGAGGGCUUCCAGCUGUUCAUGGCGACCUAUCUGGAGAAUGACAUCCCUGAGGAACUUUGCAAACACCUCUUCACCUCCUUCAAGAGCAAGAAUGGUGGAGGCAGCUCCCCUGACGCUUCUCGAUCUGGAGCAGGCAUGCUAGAGCCCAAGUCCAUUGAUGCAGGCAUCACUAUACAGACCGAAGUAGCCUGUGCACCCAUAACAGGUAUGAAUGGAAAGAGUAUUUUGAGCGCUAUGAGCCGACAUACACCAGAGAACUCUGCAGGAAUCAUUCAAGGCUCAGGGGCCACCACAUCACCCUGCUCCUCCCGCUCCUCCUCACAACGCUCAGGCACAGGGGGCCACACACCCAGAGGCCCCCACCGGUCGCCCGGCACGCAGCCCAAUCCCCCAGCGAGCAGCAGCAGCAGCAAUGCUUUGGCUCUCUCCAAGACUACCAACUCCCCGCGCCUCUCCCCAGAGCGUAAUCAAUCUGAAAAUCGUACAUCUCUCCGGAGGAGUCCUUCUCCACAAAAAGGAUCACCGUCACCCCAAGUGGUCUUCCUUAAAGACAUUGUGUGCUACUUGUCCCUGCUGGAGAGGGGAACACCAGAGGACAAGCUUGAGUUCAUGUUCAGGCUCUACGACACAGAUGGCAAUGGUCUGCUGGACAGUUCGGAGCUCGACCGCAUCAUAAACCAGAUGGUCCAUGUAGCUGAGUACCUAGAAUGGGACUCUACAGAACUACGACCAAUUCUGAAGGAGAUGAUGGAGGAGAUUGAUUAUGACCGGGAUGGAACGGUCACAUUAGAGGAAUGGAUCAGAGGAGGAAUGACCACCAUACCACUCCUGGUACUGCUGGGAAUGGAGACGAAUGUACAGGAAGAUGGGCAGCAUGUAUGGAGACUGAAGCAUUUCAACAAGCCAGCAUACUGUAAUUACUGCCACACAAUGUUGUUAGGAGUACGAAAGCAGGGCCUUUGCUGCUCACUAUGCAAGUACACAGUCCAUGAGCGCUGUGUGUCCAAAGACAUUGCUCCUUGCAUUAGCACCUACGCCAAGUCCCGCAGACACACCAAUGCUAUGCAGCACAUUUGGAUGGAGGGCAACUCCCCAACAAAAUGUGACAAAUGCCACCGCAGUAUCAAGUGCUAUCAAGGCCUAACAGGCCUUCACUGUGUUUGGUGUCAAAUCACUCUCCAUAACAAGUGUGCGUCUAACGUGAAGCCUGAGUGUGACGGUGGACCAUUAAAAGAUCACACACUUUUGCCGUCGUACAUCUGCCCUGUUGUUCUGGACCGUCAUUCUGCUGUCAAAAGAGGUGAAGGAGAGUCAUCCCCCAGUACCAGCCCUGAGGACACCAGCCAGUGUUUCAAGUUCACCGGUGAUGGUCAGGCACUGCAGAUCACCCCUCUGCCUGGAACGCACCCCCUCCUUGUGCUGGUUAAUCUUAAAAGUGGUGGUCGGCAGGGUGAGAGGGUGCUGCGGAAAUUCCAGUACCUGCUUAACCCCAGACAGGUGUACAGUCUGGAUCGAGGAGGACCCAUGGUGGGGCUCAACUUUUUUCGAGACAUGCCCAAUUUCCGCGUGCUAGCCUGCGGAGGCGAUGGAUCAGUGGGGUGGAUUUUGGACUGCAUUGAUAAGGCCAAUUUUGCUCGGGAUCCACCUGUUGCGAUCCUGCCACUGGGUACCGGGAAUGACCUCGCUCGCUGCCUGCGCUGGGGUGGAGGCUAUGAAGGAGGCAGUCUGGUCAAAUUCCUCAGGGAUAUCGAGCACAGCACUGAAGUGCAGCUUGACCGCUGGAACAUCGACAUUGUCCCUGACGAUAAAGAAGAGAAGGGCGACCCUGUGCCCUACAGCAUAGUGAACAACUACUUCUCCAUUGGAGUGGAUGCAUCCAUAGCACAUCGCUUCCACUUGAUGAGGGAGAAACAUCCAGAGAAGUUUAACAGCAGGAUGAAAAACAAGUUGUGGUACUUUGAAUUUGGCACCACAGAGACCAUCUCAGCCACGUGUAAAAAGCUGAACGAAUCUAUUGAGGUGGAGUGUGAUGGCAUCAUUUUGGAUCUCAGCAGCACGUCUCUGGAGGGUAUCGCUGUGCUCAAUAUUCCCAGCAUGCAUGGGGGCUCCAACCUGUGGGGCGAGUCCAAGAAAAGACUGAAUUACAAUCGCAUGAGUAAGAAAGUGCCAGAGAGAAUGUCUGGCAGCACUGUCACCGAUGCCAAGGAGCUCAAGUUUUGUGUGCAAGAUCUGAGUGAUCAGCUCCUGGAGGUGGUGGGUUUGGAGGGAGCCAUCGAGAUGGGUCAGAUCUACACAGGUCUCAAGAGCGCUGGGCGGCGCCUUGCACAGUGUUCUAGUGUCACCAUCAGGACGUCCCGGCUGCUGCCCAUGCAGAUUGAUGGGGAACCAUGGAUGCAGCCUCCAUGCACGAUACGGAUCACGCAUAAGAACCAAGUUCCCAUGCUGCUGGGACCGCCACAGAAAACAUUCUUCUUCUUCAAGAAGCGCAACAGAAGUCGGGACUAGAUGUGGGACUCCAAAAUUCAACCACUCUUCUACAAUCAUACAAACACACUCAAACAUCUCCACCUUCCUCAGCUAAUUCUUCAUCUUUGGCAGGUGGCAGCCAAAGAGAAGACACUUUUCAAUCACUUUUGUGAGACAAAUCAAUACAAAUACAACACUGUAAUGGGCCUCUAAUGGACUCCAUCUCCCAACACAUUCAGAUGUUCAUAGGCUGAACCAGUUGAACGGACCCUCUCUGAGUGUCAUGACCACUUCCUGUGUCUUAUCAUCCGGAACGUCUUAUCACAGGCUUGUGACCUGUAAGCUAUGACUCGAUUCCAACUAAAUCCCCCCUACCAGUAGGCCACUGCCUUGGGAUCACACUGUGUGCCCUCUCCCUCCUCUU